AUGCUACCAAGGCUUGCAUGGCUGGCGAGUCUGCUCAGCAUAGCCUCCAUCAGUGCAGCAAGAGCCUAUGACGACGAUCAAGGUUUCCAGAUUGGGCGAGCAAGUUUGUACGAGCAUCCCCAUGUCAAUGACAAUAGCGAGUUCUACGGGCAAGCUUCGGGCAAGCUCAGACGGAGAGACUGCCAGCCUUUGCUUCCCACUACACCCAAAUGGGUCUUUGCGCAUUUCGUCGUCUCCAAUGCUGCCAAUUAUACCGUGCAAGACUGGCAAAACGAUAUGACCCUCGCCUUCAACACGGGCAUCGAUGGUUUUGCACUCAGGAUAGGCACCAAUCCGUCCACGAUCGGCCAGGUCAACAUGGCCUACGUAGCUGCCAAUGCGACCGGUCUCAAUUUCAAGCUCUAUGUCGUCUUUGACAUGGAGCAAUUUGUCACUGCAGAUGAAAUGCUGCCAUACAUCACCACUUAUGGCUUGCAUCCCAACCAGUUCAUCUACGGCGCAAAGGUCUUUGCGAGCACAAUCGGCGGCGAGAACAUCACUACACUCGGCGAGGCGACACCAGCGCAAGGGUGGCAGACUGACUUUAAGCUCGCCUCGGCCAAAUCAGGCUAUCCCAUCUAUUUCGUGCCUGCAUUCCCAACGCUCGACAUUGCCUCUUUCUUUACCGCUGAGCCUGCAGCCGAUGGCGUCUCCAAUCUGGACGCCUGGCCCGUCGGACCGGCUGCCUCGAUGGACCUCAGCAACGCGACCGACAUCGAGUAUCUCGCGUCAGCAACUGAAGCUGGCAAGACGUACAUGUUGCCGAUCUCGCCAAGCUUCUUCUCACAUUCGAUCUAUCAGAACAGAGUGUACCGCACAGAUGACUGGGAAUAUUCAUCGCGCUGGGAGCAAGCUAUCGCACUCGGGCCAGAUUUUGUCCAGAUCUUGACUUGGAAUGACUAUGAGCGCAGCGACUACAUUGGCCCAAUCUCGACAACCCGGCCCGAGCCUGCAUUCGUGCCUGGCUACCCCCACACAGCCUUUUUGCUGCUCUCUCAAUUCUACAUAGCCCGAUACAAGCAGGGCGGAUUCCCUGUCAUCACAACUGAUGCGCUGGUAUUCUGGUACCGUACGUCCUCAAAGAACGCUGUCGCCCCUCUGGAUACGAUCGGACGACCAAAGGGAUACCAGAAUGUCGAUGAUAUGAUCUACGUGGAAGUCAUCUGUGUCUCGCCCGGCGAACUUACUAUCAGCUCAGGCGACGCGACAUCGACCACGCCCGUCAUUGCAGGCAUCAACAAGCUGAAGAUGGCAUUCAGGGAAGGCAAAGUCCAAGUCGUUCUGACCCGCAACGGUGGCGUUGUCCUUAACAGUUCGGGCACUGGACCUCUAAUCAACAAUACCAUCGCAGCCUACAAUUUCAAUCCGUAUGCGGAGCAGGUUAUCGCCGGCACUGUUGCUGUCGCGGCAACGAGCGCCGUCGGCUCUGCAACGAGCAGCAUGACAGCAGCAACACCAGCUUCGUCGGGAGUGUAG